GCGACGCUCAGCUGUGCCAUCGACCAACGUCGUUUGUGUAUGUUGUUCCCACAAAAUUAGACCAGCCUCGAAUUACAAGAAAAUGAUGGACUAUCCGACAUCGUCGCCUCCACUUCCAGCCGAGACGUUCGCGGAGGAGAUAGACACGUUGUCGCUGCAGGACAAAGAAUCGUACGACAUUUCGUUGAUGCAACACAACAACAACAACAUAAACAAAGGUUACUUAACGGACGGCGCACCGGAUCGUCCGGGAACCAGGGGCAGGAAGACUUUCGCCUUCUGGGUGCUGGUCGGGUUGUUGUUCACCCUUGCGAUCGGCAAUCUGAUUCUGACCAUCACCAUACUCGGCGUCCUCAAACUGGGACAGGGAAUGCGUAACAUGGAGAUAAUCUACAAUGAAAACGUGUCUAAUUUCUACGGGGACAUCGAUUUGGACCAUCUGUACAACAAGGACGGCACGUUUUUGGGAUUUUCGGACGAAACUGUGGACAUCUCGGCGGUCGACAGUUCCGUGAUUUUAACCUUACAGGCCAAUCCCGGCGACGGUAAACAGACCAGCUUGAAGAUGUUCAAAAACUACACGUUUUUGCGAGGCAUCAGCCGCUUCCUGGUCAAGUCGGCGAACGGCGUGCCCAUUUUCACCACCACCGAAACCGUAUUCGAAAGUCUGGAGAAGGCGAAAGGAUUCAUCACGAGGCAGAUGGAGACGGGUCAAAUCAGGAGCGGAAAGGACGAAAGCCUGUCGAUAGAAAGCGACAAAAUGGUGAACUUAAAGGGCACCGAGGGGAGCAAGAUUGAAGGGCGCGAAAUCGUGUGGAGUGCGGACGAAGACAUUUACUUGAAGACGGUGAAUGGCUGCAUUAUCCUGAGCGGGAAGGAGGGCACCUACAUCGAUGUGAACAGGAUUCCGGUGGCCCAAUUGCGUAACAACACGGUGAAGAGUGGCCAGUACAAGAUUUGUGUAUGCAUGCCUGAAGGGAAACUGUUCAGGAUCCCGAUUAUUGACGUCAACGAGCAAGUUUAUUGCGACGACGUUGAUAUUAGUGGCCCCGGUUUUCCUUGUGCAGUCAAGGAAUAGGUUAAAAUUAAAUAAAUUUCUCGAUGUAGCACUAUAAUCUAUUUGUUAUUAAGUUGUUUAAUAGGAUUUGUAAAUAAUGUUUUUCGUUUGUAGCGUAUCUAAACGAAUUUUGUAAUGACAAUAAAGUUGUUUUUAUUUUAA